UUUAUCGAUUGUGGCUCGAGGUACACUGAGAGUGUACGUGAACGGUGCACAAUCAGGCAGCACAUCAGCUUCAACUAGCUGGCUUACAAUGGGAGGGACCAUCACUUUAGGGAACUCUGAGUCUAUGAGUACAGGUUACAUAUUCGGUGGACAGUUACACAAGCUGAACUGGUAUUCUGAAGAACUGACCUCCUCCCAGAUUAGAGAGAUGUAUGAAGCUGGUUUGUGUUCUACUGUAGAGGAGGAGUAUAGCAGCAGGGAGAUAAAAUGGGAGCUGAUUCUGACGAAACAGAGAUACGGUAAUGUUACAGAGUUUCUCCCAACAGAAUGUGGAGUAGACCGCAAGACCAAGCUGGAGGAAACUGAUGUUAAACAUGCCACCAUUGAGCAGAAACUACAAGAAGUGACUGAAACUCUUAACGACACUCUAACAAAACUGAAUGGGACAAAAGCAGAGUGUAGGGAAUCAAAGAUUGUGCUCCAGGAAAAAGAAACCAAGCUUAACAGAACCGAACAGAAACUACAAGAAGUGACUGAAACUCUUAACGACACUGUAGCAGAACUGAAUGGGACCAAGGCUGAGUGUAGGGAAUCAAAGAUUGUGCUCCAGGAAAAAGAAACCAAGCUUAACAGAACGGAACAGAAACUACAAGAAGUGACUGAAACUCUUAACGACACUCUUUUGGAGGCUAGAAGUCUUGAAACUGUAAGUAGAUGGGACGUUCUGUUCACUCCCCCUUACCUGAAUAAGCUCUUUACACGGCAGCUCUACAAUCAACUGAUCAACUGGGUCAUGAUGGAGGAUUUCAUUGGGGUGAACGUUACAGUGGGACUGGUGGAGCAUUUCAAACAACACCACGAGGAACAAGAGGACCAUGAAACUUGCGACGAGGACUGAACAACAACUACUGUUAUCUACUAUUGAAGUUUUAAUUAAGUGCAUAAUACACUGUAACAUUUGUCAUUGGGCCCUGUAAUCGUCUGUAAUCAUCUGCAAUCAACAUUUUAGCUGUAAUAUUAAUAUUACUAAUAUACUGUUAUCAGCUAUUAACUAUCAACUAAUAUUAUUCUAUGUGACUGUAUUAAACUGUACUGACUUAAUAAGACGUAAACAUUUAUUAUGAUAAUUACGAUUUACAAAUUAUUAAAAUCUUUGAUUUUAA